AUGUCAGUUGAGAUACCAAGGUCAAUACCUUCGAUCCGAGCAUUGCGAAGAAGAACUUCUGGCAGGGUCUUUACUAUUGCCGAAGACGAGGGCAUACAGCAGGUCAACGGCCCAACUCCUGAUGGCGAGGAGGUGGAGGCGCAGCAGCAGCAGACGUCCCCUCUCUUUGUACCGGAGCGCGAGCAGCAGAAAGAGAACGAGACGCCAAAAGAUCAUCAGUCUAAAUCGAGUAACCAAGACUCGAUCUGGCAGACAACGAAAAGUGGCCGCAUCUUACUAGACCCAACCACCUUACCCGAGGACGCUAGUCCAGUAGAUGAUGAGGUGCUCCGACUGGAACACGGGGAGACGCUGCCCUCAGCUUUGGAAAGUCCUUCUUCACCUGUAGCAGAGGCAUCAAGUAUCUCCAAGGAGAAGAAGCGGCGAAGCCAAAAGACUCCGACUCUCGACAAGAGAAGGAGACCUCCAUCUUCGCCAGCUCGAUCUACAGUUGUGCCCCAAGAGACCUCGGCCGCUGCUCUUUCCUCUCGGGUUACAUUAGAGAAACCACCAGCGUCAUCCGUCCUGCCGCUCGCGGAUCGAAUCAGCAAAUACAGCAAACUUGCUAGGAAAGUGAGAAAGCAAGAAGAGCAAACUCCAGCCUCGGAACGCGAAGAAACUCCAAAAGAGGCAGACAAUAACGAAGAGGAUGAUUCUUACGUCGAAGAGAGCGAGCCGGAGCCCGAGACGCCUGCGGCAAGCAAAAGGACCACCAGACAGCCUCGGAAACCUCGCUCUAGUAGCAGAACCGCAGACGUGCCUGGUGGUAAGAAGCACACUGCGACAUUUCCAAUCCUGACUCACAGGCUCACAAACGUCUCGGCACUACCAACGAUCAACGAGGAGGAUGAAGAGGGCAUUCCUUCCGGAGAUGUGUCAUUCGAUUCUACAACCGCACGCACGCAACCCAAUGCGGUAGAUAUACUAGCCCAGAUCUGCCGCGAGACCAUCUCAAAUAUGGUAGAGCGCAUCGCUGCAUCAGCUCAGACUCUUUCAAAAGCCACAGCAAAUAAUCAACGGACAGCCCUCGAGGCAUUUGGAAAAGACCUAGACGACGAACUUUUCGCCAUGUCAGAAGCUGUCGAGAACCGCACCAACCUGGAAGCUCGCGUGCGGAAAAGCAAGCGAGAGAAAGCCGCCUUGCAAAGUGAAUAUCUUGAGCUCCGUCGCGAGCGAGAACAAAUCGCCCUCAAAUGCGACGCGGUUAGACGGCAACAUUGGGAGUGCGAAGAGGAGACAAGGCAGAAGUGGAUACUUAGCGACGCUGCCCGGCGUGUCGAGCAGGAGAUGGAGAGAAACGAGGCAGACGAAGAUGAGGGACUGGAAUGCUUGUUGCGCAGUGUGACAGACUCGGUCAGCAGCACUUCUGGUCGGGGUGGAAUUUUGGAUAGGGUCAAGUCAUUCAAUGCGCAUCUGGAAAACAUGGCGCUGCUUUUGGAGGGAAGGCGUGGUUGA